AUGGGGAUGUUGGCGUAUGCUCACCCAAGUUUCGGUAGUCAACAGAUGUGUGGGUUUGUCGAUUAUGCUUUGGCUACUCCAAGUUUGAAUCAAUCCAUCGCAAAGACGCAGAAACUAUGCUUCAAUCUGUGUGUUGAUCAACCCAACUGCACGUCUACUAACUACUUCUUGAAGACACGCUUGUGUGCUCUCAACAAUGUCUCACACCUCGACUUGGACGGCACUCAGGGACUGAAGAUGGCAUCUGGCAGUUUCUUCGCUUUCCCUGAACCAACUGUGGACUGCAGCAUUAUGCCUACUACAUCAGCAACACAAACAAACCUGGACGUCGGCAGUGCACUGAACAAGCCGAGCAUAAUUAAAAAACAACAACAGGCUUACACAGUUUCCUCGAUUUUGUUUCAUCACAACAGUUGCAAGGAGUUACUGGAGGCAGGCCAUGUUGUGAGUGGUAUCUACAUAAUCUCUCCUGCUGGAUUCGGCCAUGGUCUCCGGGUCUACUGCGAUAUGGAGACUGACGGCGGAGGAUGGAUCGUCAUUCAGAGGCGUCAAGAUGGCAGCGUUGACUUCUACCGCGACUGGGCUGACUACCAGGUAGGCUUCGGCAACUUGUCUGGCGAGUUCUGGAUCGGGAAUGACAUCUUGCGCAAUCUAACUGAGAAGGGAACUUGGCAACUACGGGUCAAUUUAGAGGACUGGAACAAUGAGAGAGUCUACGCAGAAUAUGGAGAAUUUCAAAUCUCUGGAGACAACUAUCAGCUGACGGUCGGCUCAUACAACGACAGCAGCACGGCAGGAGACUCACUGACGAGCAAGCACAAUGGCAAGUUGUUCUCAACCAAAGACAGGGACAAUGACAAUUCACCGAUCGGUAGCUGUGCCAAAGACGACCAUGGGGCAUGGUGGUAUGACUGGUGUUACCAGUCGAAUCUUAAUGGCAAAUACUAUGCCCUUGCUCUAGUAGAUUAUCAAAGCAUAAGGUGGGACACUUGGAAGGAACCUCAUAAGGUCAAGAUAUGCAGCAUGAAAAUACGAUCACCAAGCUAAAUAAUAUAUGUAAGAACGAUCUUAUAUCAAAUUAAUAUAAAAAGCUAUCAAUAUAAUGUCUCUAAUCGCGAUUUGCAUCGCACUCAAGUUUGGAAUUUUGCAAAAUUUGACAAACCACACAUUUAAAUUAACAUGGGGCAUGUGAAUAGAUGACGGUUGCAUGUACAUGUAUAUGUUUAUGGGAAUCAAAUCUUAAAUGUUCUGCACCUUCAGCCUCUUGGUGUAUAUAAUCCGUGUGAAUUAUUACCAAGAAUUUAAAUUG